GACAUCUUGUACAUUAGAGCAGUGUGUUUUCAUGCUUAAUAUCGUGUGAUUAUAAUUUAUCAAGCCUGACAUUGAAUAUAACCCCACGCCUUUCUACAGAAAAGCGAAUUCCCAACUUGGCUCUGACCAGGCUCGAUAUCCCAAGUUUAACAUUGUUCUUAGCAUCAAGAAACUCCAUGUACACAUCGUCUAGACAUGACCAGGUUUACACCGGCCAAAACCUCCUUCCACAGGAUGUGUUUUUCCACUUCGACUCUUCGGUUCGGCCUCAUGACGACUUCAAUCAGUAUUAUAUUCCCAAACAAAGAUGUAAUGAAGAUGUCAUUUGGAGCGGUGCUCCGUUGACGGAUAGAAUAUCUCGCGAUAACACCACGAUGCAAUAUACAAUUACGCAAGAGAAUCAAUCAAUCUUUCCCUUUGACCAAUAUUCUACAAGUCCUAUUAGGUUUACGCCACAGAAAUUCCUACCAAGCAAUGCUGCUCAAUUACAAUAUCCUUACCUUCUUCAACAACCGGAAAAAACUACCACAAGACGAGUUUCGCCAUCAGUCCCAUCUAUUCCUUCUCAUCAACGCUACUCGGUAACACCUGCUUACCGAGUAUUCCCAGAAAAAUCUACAGCAACGACUAAUUCAAUCACUAAAGCCAUUUUUGAUGACGGCACUGGAAGCAAAGACAGACUAAGGUUCGAUUGGCCGUCGGUAUGCACACAGGACCGUCAAGCGUUAAUGGGCACCACUAAUUGCCCCCGUGGAAAAACUCCCUCCAAAUUGCGAUGGGGAUCAGACACCGCAUUUGCCUCAUCCCACUACAUGUCCUCAACAUGCGAAAGCAGCAUUGAUGAUGCCGCGAAUACCUGGAUGACCUUGGGUGAGAACAUGGUUACUUUUGAACACCACCUCAAUGAUCCUCAUGCAAGCGGAAGCGACGAUUUGGGCUCUCGAAACAAGAGAAAAUUCACCAAAGUGGAUGAAAAACAAUUACAGAACUUCCGACGUCGCCGACGAAGGGAAAUCCACAAGGCUUCAGAACAGAAACGAAGGGAUGAGUUAAAUAAAGGCUAUCUCGAUCUUUGUGAUAUAGUCCCAGGGUUGGACAUGCAAAGACAAACACGAAAAGAAAUUCUCUUUCGUACGAUAGAUUGGCUGCAGAAAUGUUUGCUGGAGAACGAAAAUUUGAAACUUCAGGUGCACAUUCUGGUUGGUGGAGAUACUAAAUAUAUUGAUGGCUCUGAAGACUAACGAAUACCUCGAUCGUGUUUUGAUAAUGGGCAAAGAUUAUGCAAUUGGGUUUGUUCAAAGCUUACUUCCUUUCUGUAUAAUAGAAGGGUUACGGAAAAUGCUGGUAGUUUAUUAAAAAGUUACUAUUGUAGGUUGCUCUUGGAGCAUUAAAUUGUGCCCGGAAUUUGAUUAUAC